GGGAAUAGAGGGGGCACCUGAGACCUGCAGGAGAUCAGAGGAAUGCUGCCGCUGACCAAAGCACGGACUCUGACUUAGCUGGGACAAAGUAAACCGCUGGAAUUCCGAAACAAUGACAUGGAAGGCCUAUGGAUACUCCGGUACAUGAGGCAACUGGCUUCUUGUGCCUGUCAGGUAUCUUUGGACGAGAUCGUUCUGAGACUUCAGGAACAACAAGCGCUGACCGAGGAAGAGACCCGGCGGCUGCAGGAGUUCACGGCGACGCCAGCGCGUGCCGAUGCCCUCGUGGAUACGUUGGCGAAGAAGGGAAAGAGCUACCUGCAAGCCCUACAGAACUGCAUAGAAAACAGUCAUUCCUUCCUGUACCUGCGCAUGCGGCACUAUGACCCGCUGGUCCUGACGCAUUUGGAGAAGGUGGAGACCAAGGACCAGCACUCGCCAUUGACCCAGCUUGACUCCCUGCUGAUGGUGGAAGGUCUCACCGAUGCCCAGCUUCAGGAACAUGACUUCAUCCAGCUGGAGCUAGGAGAGACGGGACGGGGAACCCCAAGGAAAUUGUCUCUGGAGAAACUGCUGAUGCCCCUCUCGCUGGUUACUCUGCCCCCUCGCGUUACUCUUACCCUGGGGGUAGCAGGAGCUGGUAAAAGCACCCUGGUCAGAUUGUUUGUGGAGAGAUGGAUUCGGGGUGAAGUUUGCCCCAACAUCACAUGCGUGAUGGCUGUGAACAUCUGGGAACUGAACAUCUAUGACCGUCUCUCUGUGGAGCGACUGGUACGCCUCGCCUGCCCGCGUUAUUCCGCCCCACCCGCCGGGUCUCUUCUUAUUUUGGAUGGCCUGGAUGGGUUGCGGAAUCCUUUGGAUUUCUCGGAAUCUAUAGCAUGUACUGACUCUAAGAAAGAGCUCCCCCCGGAAUGUAUAAUAACCAAUAUCCUACGUGGGAACCUUUUGCCAGAGACCUCUGUUUGGGUGACAUCGAGGCCAGGGGCCGCGGCCUGUAUUCCGGGGGGGCUCGUGGACCGGAUGACAGAGAUCCCUGGGCUUGGGACCGGAGAUAUUGCAACGUUUUUGAGACGCCUACUACCAGGGAGCAAUGGCUUAGCCCAGCGUGUCUGGGAUCACCUGCAAUCUCACCGCUCGUUACUGACAUUGUGCUCCGUGCCCGGUUUAUGCCACUUAAUAGGGACCUCUCUAGGAUAUAUGCUACUUACUCAGGACUCCCCAUAUCUGCCAGGAACAUUGUCCGCUAUCUACUCAUGGUAUCUGAAGGCUCAGCUAAGUGACAGAGAGGGCUCAGAACAACUUGGAAGUGUGCGGAGGAUGGUGGGCAGUUUAGGAAGACUGGCCUUCAAUGGCCUGGUCAGGAGACAGUCGGUUUUUUACGAGUCUGAUCUGAAGUUUUGUGGCAUCGAGACAUCAUUGACUCCCGGCGGCAUCGCUUCCCGGCUACUGGUGUCCCAGAGCUCCCCUUCCUGCGUCUCCUACUGCUUCUCACACCGCUCAUUGCAGGACUUUCUGGCCGCCAUACAUUACCACUCAGCUGCCAAACGAGCCAUAUUUGACCUCUUUGCCGAUGGAGCGAUGUCCUGGCCCAAACUGGGCUUCAUGAGCCAUUAUAAAAGCGUUGUGCAGCGAGCUCUGCAGGCAGACGGUUUGCAGUUAGCCAUCUUCCUGCGCUUUCUCUCCGGCCUCCUUUCUCCUCGGGUAUUGAGGGACUUGUCCGGAUGCCUCCCUGGUAAGGAGGAACCAGGUGGGUAUCAGGGUCCGGCGGUGGAAUACUUGCACAGCAUCUUGUGCGCAGGAAAGGCUGUUUCCUCUGGAGCUGUGAACUUAGUGUAUUGCCUCCAAGAGAUGGGCAACACAGAACUGACGAGCGGGGUGGAGGAGGCGCUCAACAAUGGGACACUCGGGGGGAAGAUGAACAUGCUGGGGUGCUGUGCUCUGGCGUUCCUUCUGCGAGCAUCAAAAAGCUGUGCCCAGGAGAUCAACCUUUCCCAAUGCCUGACCUACAGCCUGGUGCAGAUCCUCUUGCCCCAGUUGCAGUAUUGCACCAACAUCAGAAUGGAAAAUAAUCAGUUCAAAGAUGAUGUGAUGGAACUCCUAGCCAGUGUUCUCCACAACAAAGACUGUGCCAUCCAAAAACUCAGCCUGGCCGAAAACCGUCUCUUUAACCGCGGUGUGAAGGCCCUCAGCAGAGCUCUGAUGGUGAAUCGCACUCUUUCUUCGCUCGACCUUCACGGGAAUUGUAUUGGCCCCAGCGGGGCCAGAGCUCUGGCAGAAUGUCUGAUGAACAAUCAGGUGUUGGUCAACCUCAAUCUGCAGAACAAUCAGAUUAAGUCUGAGGGAGCCCAAUAUCUCUCUGAGUCUCUGUUGGUGAAUCGGAAGCUGAAGGCCCUAAACGUACAGAAGAAUAAAAUUAAGGCAGACGGCUCGGAGAGUCUAGCAUUUUGCCUAAAACAGAACCAAGUUCUACAAGAGCUGUGGUUAUCCGGUAACACUAUAGGGGACGAAGGGGCAGCAGCUCUGGCCGAGGCCCUCACAGAAAACUCGAGCUUGAGGAUCCUUGAUUUGCAGAGCAAUUCAAUCAGCAACUGUGGCCUGAGUCGUCUGACCGAUGGCCUGAGCCACAACCACAGCCUGCGGCACCUCAACCUUCGGGAAAAUUCCAUCAGUAUUGAAGGUUCUCUGGCCCUGGCAGAAUCUCUUAAAAGAAACUGCACCCUGACACACUUGGAUCUGACUGCGAACCUUUUGCACGAUGAGGGGGUUGAAGCUCUUGCAGGAACCUUAAAGGAUAAUCGGAGCCUGGAGUCCCUACAUCUCCAGUGGAACUUCUUGCGGGUCCGAUCCGCUCGCUCUCUGGCUGGCGCUCUGCGGACCAACCGCUCCUUGCGUUAUUUAGAUUUGCAGGAGAAUGCCCUUGGAGAUGAAGGCGCCGCGGCUCUUUCUAACGCCCUGCGAGAGAACCCCACGCUCUCUGCUCUCUAUCUGCAGGGCACAGGCAUCGGACCAAGCGGGGCCCAUUCUCUGUCCGAGGCGCUGAUGGUGAACAAAGGCCUGACGACCCUUGACUUGCGCGGAAACAACAUAGGCUUGCGGGGAGCCAAAGCUAUAGCCGGGGCCUUAAGAGUUAACAGCAGCCUCCAGACUCUCAACCUGCAGGAGAACUCCAUAGGUCUGGAUGGAGCUAUUUGCCUCGCUAACGCCAUGUCCGGCAACCGCUCCCUCACCUGUAUCAGUUUGCAGGGAAACAAUAUCGGUCAGUCUGGAGCCAAGGUGAUCUCAGAUACUAUCAGAAGCGAAGCCCCGCACUGCAAAGUUGAAAUAUAAGGGAUAAAUACACCCUUAUCUAAAGAACUAUCCCGGAAUUGGUGGGACAAACCGGAAGAGAAAA